GAUGUACGUACAUCAUGAAGGAAAUUGGUGAGGUCUAUACACACCGUAUUUUGUCCUUGGAUCACCUUGUUCCUAAACUCACACUGGUGAGCUUCCUUCCUUUCUGGUGAGCUAUGCUCUCAUUGACUUGGUGCCCCGUGCCCCCGCGAAGGAUUUAUGACAUACCAUUCACCGUUGCUUGGGCCCUUGUCGCCAUCAUCGAUCACUCUUGUGUCUUCGGCUGCUCAUUCCAGAAUUGCUCAUAUUGCGCCAGGGCCGCCAAAUUCCUGAUCCUCUUCAUUGCAAUGCCUAGCACUUUCGCCCUGCUGACCGUCCGAGCCGUUCCUUUACUCCUCUGGGCCUCCAUUUCGUUGGAAGCGCCGUAUCCACCUCCAAUCUCAGAAGCUGGAUGGACUGACAAGAGUCUUCCGAACUCCGUGUUGAGCUGUUCUGACGCUAAAAUUCAAUGACAUGGCGCGUUGCAGCAUGAUAUUAUGAGCAGCUGACUAGGUGUGAAGCAGGUCUAGGCAGACCCUCCUCCGGUGAAUUGCCAAAUCAAAUACCGCGCUACGAAAUAAGUUGCAGCGCACUAGGCACCCUACCAGCCUGCACGUGUCUAUAUCAGCCGAUGUUCUGGGC